AUGUACAUCAAGACCCUGACCAUCCAGGGCUUCAAGUCCUACCGCGACCAGACCGCCGUCGAGCCCUUUUCGCCCCGCCACAAUGUCGUCGUCGGCCGCAAUGGCUCGGGCAAGUCCAACUUCUUUUCGGCCAUCCGCUUUGUUCUGUCCGAUGCCUACACGUCCAUGUCGCGCGAGGAGAGGCAGUCGCUCCUCCACGACAGCAGCACUUCGACCUCGACCACGCUCUCGGCGUUUGUCGAAAUCGUCUUUGACAACAGCGACAACCGCUUCCCCACUAGCGGCAGCGAGGUUAUCCUCCGGCGCACCAUCGGCCUGAAAAAGGACGAGUACAGCAUCGACCGCAAGAGCGCCUCCAAGGCCGACGUGGCCAACCUCCUCGAGUCGGCCGGCUUCAGCCGCAGCAACCCCUACUACAUUGUGCCCCAGGGCCGCAUCACCCACCUCACCAACGCAAAGGACCACGAGCGGCUCGGCCUGCUCAAGGAGGUGGCCGGCACCCGCGUCUACGAGCAGCGCCGCUCCGAGUCGAUCAAGAUCAUCGAGGACACCGACGCGCGGCGUUCCAAGAUCGAGGACCUGAUCGACUACAUCGAGAAUCGGCUCAAGGAGCUCGACGACGAAAAGGAGGAGCUCAAGCAGUACUACGAAAAGGACAAGGAGCGGCGCUGCCUCGAGUACGGCAUCUACCAGCGCGAGCUGUCGGACGUGGCGACCAUCCUCGAGAACCUUGAGAGCGACCGGCGCCGCGAAGUCGACAACGCCAACGCCAAGCGCGGCGAGUUUAACGAGCGCGAAAAGAUCCUCGCAAAGCUCGAGGGCGAGCUGUCGACCGCCAAGCAGCGCAUCGAGCAGCAGAACCUCGAAAAGCACCAGCUCGAGCAGGAGCGCCGCGAGCUCAGCAAGGGCCUCGCGCAGCUGCAGAGCCUGGUCGAGGACCUCGAAGAGGCGGGCGAGCGCCGCGAGGGCAGGAGGGAGGGCAUCGAGCAGGAGCUCGCCAACAUCCGCACCGAGAUUGAAGCCAAACAGGCGGAGCUCCGCACGCUGACGCCGCAGUGGGAGGCCCUCCGUGGUGAGACCGCGGCGAUCCGCGAGCAGCUCGAGCAAACCAAGGCGAGGAUCGCGGCGCUCUACUCCAAACAGGGGCGAUCUGCGCAGUUUCGAACGCAGCGGGAACGCGACGAGUACCUCCGUCGCCAGAUCUCGGACCUCGACCGGUACACCGAGGCGCAGCGACAGCGCAUCGAGCAGAGCGCCAACGAGCGGCGGGCCGACGAGCAGCGCAAGGCCGAGGUGGCGGGCCGCGUGUUGGAGGUCGAAGCCUCGAUCGAGGGCCGAAGGGACCUGAUCCGCGACCUGGGCGAGCAGCUCACGUCGAAGCGCGACCGGCGCGAUGAGCUGACGGAGACGAAGAAGGACCUUUGGAAGGAGGAGACCCGCCUCGCCUCGGCCGCCGGCUAUGCGCGCGACCAGCUUUCCCAGGCGCAGCGCGUCCUGUCCAGCAUGAUGGACAAGGCGACGGCGCAGGGCCUGCAGGCUGUCGAGCGGAUCGCCAAGCAGCUCGGCCUCGAGGACCGUGUCAAGGGUCCCAUCCACCAGCUCUUCACCGUCGACGACAUCUACAAGACGGCCGUCGAAGUGACGGCGGGCGCCAGCCUCUUCCACGUCGUCGUCGACAACGACGACACCGUCGGCAAGAUCCUCGAUGUCAUGAACCGCGAAAAGAGCGGCAGGGUGACCUUCAUGCCGCUGAACCGCCUCAAGCCCAAGAACGUCGACUUUGCCCAGACCAAGGACGCAGUGCUGAUGCUGAGCAGGCUCGACUUCGAACCGGCGCUGGCGCCCGCCUUUCAGCAGAUCUUUGGCAAGACGAUCAUCUGUCCCAACCUUGACGUGGCCUCGGCCUAUGUGCGCAGCCACGGCGUGAACGCCAUCUCGCUCGACGGCGACAAGAUUGAGCGCAAAGGAUCGCUGACCGGAGGCUACCACGACCCCCGGCGCAGCCGCCUCGACGCCACCAAGCUGACCAAGCGCUGGCGCGACGAGCUCGAGCUCAACACGGCCAAGCUGGACGAGAUGAAGGCGAAGCUGGUGUCGAUUGAGCAGGAGAUCACCGCGCUCGCGUCAGACACGUACGUGCUCGAGAGAAGGCGCGAAGAGGCCAAGAACUCGCGUGGCCCGCUGGCCGACCAGCUCGUCUGGAUGCGGCGUGAGGCUGAGGACAUCGACGCCCGCAUCAAGAAGUCGGAGCGUCGCGAGGCGGACCAGACGCUCGAGCUGCGAGCCGCCGAGACGAGACGCAGCGCAAUGGACGACGAGCUCAAGACGCCUAUGGCCAGCGGACUCAGCGCAGUCGAGAGCGCCGAACUCGACACGCUCAACACCGCCGAGGACGCACGGAAGCGCGAGCUGGCCAACAAGAGCAGGUCGCUUGCCGAGCUCUCCAAUCGCAAGUCGAUGCUCGAGAUCGAAUUGUUCGAGAACCUCGGAAGGCGGCAAGAGGAGCUCAGCGCCACGCUCGAGGCGCUUGGCGAGACCCUGGUGGGCGGCGACGGUGGUGCUGCGUCCGCCGAGGACGUCGAGAUGCGCAGGCGUGAGAUCGAAAAGCUCCGUAGGAAGGUGGCGGACCGCGAGAAGCGGAUCACGGCUGUCGAAAAGGAGCUGGAUCGGCUGUCGCAGACCAUGCAGGACGCCCAGGCCCGCUACGACAAGACGCGGGCAGAGCAGGCCGAGGACGCACGCGGCAUCUCGCGGCAGCAGAAGAACGUCGAGCGCUACCUUGGCAAAAAGACGAGGCUGCUCGAGCAGAAGGACCGCUGCAACCGCAACAUCCGCGACCUCGGCGUGCUGCCCGAGGAGGCGUUUCAAAAGUACAUUGACGCGGACCCCGGAAAGCUCCUCAAGAAGCUGCACAAGGUCAAUGAGGCGCUCAAGAAGUUCUCGCAUGUCAACAAGAAGGCGGUCGAGCAGUACAACAACUUCACCAAGCAGCGCGACCAGCUGCUGGAUCGCCAGGCCGAGCUGGAAAAGAGCGCCGAGUCGAUCCACGAGCUGAUCGAGGUGCUCGACCAGCGCAAGGACGAGGCCAUCGAACGUACCUUCAAGCAGGUGUCAAAGUACUUUGAGGAGGUCUUCGAGAAGCUGGUCCCUGCAGGGCGCGGGCGGUUGAUCAUGCAGAGGGCCAUCGACGGCGCCAACGGCGACGCCGACGAAGACGAGGAGGGCGAACCGAUGGACGAGGACGAGGAAGAGGAGCCCGAGGUCGGCACGGCGGCGGCGCUGCGCACGAAGAAAAAGUCGCAGAUCGACAGCUACACGGGCGUCUCGAUCAAGGUGUCGUUCAACUCGAAGCACGACGAAGGGCUGCGGAUCCAGCAGCUGUCCGGAGGCCAAAAGUCGCUCGUUGCCCUGGCGACGGUGUUUGCCAUCCAGAAGUGCGACCCAGCGCCCUUCUACCUGUUUGACGAGAUCGACGCCAACCUCGACGCCCAGUACCGCACCGCCGUCGCCAACAUGAUCCGCGAGCUGGCGGAAAACGCCCAGUUCAUCACGACCACGUUCCGACCCGAGAUGGUGCAGGUGGCCAGCAAGCACUACGGCGUCCUGUUCGACGCGCAAAAGGUGUCGACGAUCCGGUCCAUUACCCGGGACGAGGCCCACGAGUUUGUCGAGGCCGCCAGCACCGACCAGACGGGCGCUGCCGCGCCGCGUUGA